GGGACUUAGUAGUCCGACAACCCUGACCGGGCUUAGUGUACGUACAUGGUAUUCAGACUUUCGAGUACCACCCCUAUUUUUCUAGUCUCCCUCGUGAGACUAAGAAGGACAUGAGUUCGUCGUACCAAAUGGGCGAAUCUCAUAGUUGCAAGGUCAUUCCUUGUUGACUUAGAAUCAUACAGCAUGAAGUCAUCAUCAAGUAAAAUCAUCAUGACUAUGUGUAACAUCAAUUACGCAUCAUGUAAUCCUCAUCAAGAACAAUUAUAUUGAUUACAUAAGCGUCAUGUAAUCAUCAUCAAGAACAAUCAAAUUGAUUAAAUUAAAUGUGCCAUAAUCAUGCAAUUAUCAUUAAAUAUUUAUCAUCAUGAUUCAUCAAAUUGACCAUAUGAUAUAAAGUGUCAUAUCAGGAAUAUUGUUAUACAUAUUUGUGGACAUAUAUAUACGUAUAUGUCUAUGAAUUAUUCUACAAUUCUAGCGUGGUACCACUCAGCGGUUUUGCUGAGCGUGUAGUUUGUAUUUUUCGUUGACUACACGUAGGUAACAAGAAGACAAUGAUGGAACCUUUCCCGGAGGGCAUUGAGUCAGAGGAGAUGCAAGGAUGGCAGGCAAUGUUUGGUCAACAGAUUUUAAAAUGUGUCAUGAUUUGAUUAUUAUUGUACUUCCGCAUUACUCUGAAAAUAUUUUUUAAAUGGGUCGCGAUCCAGAGUCUGUAAAUUUAAUAUUUUUAAGUAAUUGUCAUAUUCAAAUGUCAAAAUAUGGCUAGCACUCAACAACAUUCGCAAGCUGGACGGGAAAUCCAUAAACCAAUUCUCCGAUCCUCUCUAAGGCACGAGAAACCUGAAGCUCUUUCAGACCGUAAUGAAUUGCAAUGUCAUAGUUCCCCAAAACCUAAGCUCCGAAAAUCUCCCAGGCUUAAAAGAAAAGAUCGGCCGAGCACUUUGACAGUGGUGCAGGCAUUAAGUGGCUCAAGGUCAAAGAACGUGCAAAGCCAUUCUACUCCCUUGCCCGUCACCCCAAAGCCAAAGCCUAUAUCUGACAAUGUACAAAAACAGAUCAAGCAGAAGAGAAAGCGGGAAGAAGUAGAAAGUGAAAGUGUGGCCAAACCUUCUAGGGGUGGGUUGAAACUUCGAAAACGUGGAUGUGUUUCAAUGCACCGCGUUGUGAAACAAAUGCAAUCUUAUAUUGGAGUUUUGGCCAGGACUAAAGCUCCAAUAUGGUUUGACACUUGGAGGCAAGUUCCGGUAACCAUCAAGAACAAGAUUUGGAAAUCUGUCACGUUGGGGUUCGACCUACCCCCUUCUGCACGAAAACUUGUGCUACAGUCGGUGAAUCCGAAGUGGAAACAAUUCAAGAGUACCCUGACAUGUCGAUAUAUUCUUCCCUUUCGAGAUGAACCUAAGAAGCUGAGGACUCCACCAGAGGACUUCUCUUUCUUGGAAAAGAAUCAUUUGGAUAUUUUUGUUGCUGAUCGUCUAAGCCCUGAGUUCUUGAAAGUCCAUGAUGAGCAUGUGAAGAGAGUUAAGGAAAACAAAUAUCCUCAUCGCUUGUCCCGAAAAGGCUAUGCAAACCUGGAACAGGAAUGGGCAAAAACACACAGUGGAGAUGAGUUAGUCAUUGAUCGAUCUGUUACGUGGGUCCUUGCAAGGAAGGACAAAGAAGGAAAUUUCAAGUGUGACUCUACAAAACAGAAGGCGGAGGAACUUAAUUCCGGUUCAUUUUCAAGAGUUCUUAAGGGAACAAGUAUGCUCUGCCAAAUGGCACAGCUUGCUGUUGGUUCUGUGGACAAUAUUGUUGCACAUGCAAAGGUGUAUGGAUUCUCCCGGAUGGAUGACCUCACCCUACAUGGUGAAAAACUGGGUGAAGAAUAUGCAAAGGUGUCCAUUACAAAAGAAAUACAAGAUGUUGACAUUCCAGUCCCAAUCCCCGGUGAAGUACUUACUGUUGAACAAUCCAAAGGAACCUUUGUAGCAUGGCCUAAGGAGCUGAUAGUCUUGGAUGUGCUUCCUAAAGGAAAGAGCAAUUUGAAAACUGUCAAAAAGAAAAAGGCCCCUAAAAGAUUGAAAAAGGCACAUGUUCUAGACGAUGAAGAAUGUGGCCAAGAGUUCCAAGUAGAACUUGGUCCUGAGUAUCCACUGCAGUUGAAACGGCUAUGCUGCCUGUAUGAGCUUGUAAAAAAGAACAAAAUGCUUCAGAUGAUCUCUUUUGUGGAUCCCGGCAUGGUACGAACGCUUGCAUGUGGGAACAUAGGGCAAAGGUCACGCAAGCUUGCUGAUUGCUUUAAGGGGGCCUGUGAUGGACAACACUUUCUAAUAUCGUUCAAUGACGUGAAUCAUUGGGCUUUGACUGUUGUCAAACCUAAUGAAGAGGUAGUGUACUACAUGGACCCCCUUAAACGUCGUAUAGAUAGUCAGUAGUGGACUGAAGUGGUUGAUAAGUAAGUAGUGACUCAAUGAACAAAAAUCUUUAGUAUUUUCUAUCACUUUUGCUUAUAACAUUUUUCUAUUUAUCUUUUUGGUUUCUUUAUAGUGCUAUAGUUUUGUACAAGAAUACCAUGAACACAUCUAUGUUGAAGAAGAAAGUGUCUUGGGAGAACAUGG